GGUGGCCGCCGUAGCAGGUCUAGUGAGGUACGCCGUCAAUUACUCCCUCCAAUUGGAAGUUGAAGUUUCAAUAUAUAGAGAAAUGCCUGGGACUGAAGUAAAUUCAACUCUCAGUAAAUCAAGUGGACUACCUCGAAAGCGAUUCUAUCGAGCACGAGCACACAGCAAUCCACUGAGUGACUCCCACUUCCCUGUGCCUAUAUCUCCUAGUCACGUUGACUAUUCACUCCAUUACCCUGAGUUUUUUCCUCCAUCUGAUCAAGCUAAUAACUCCAAAAAGAUCCAGUUUGCUGAUAUUGGCUGUGGCUUUGGUGGACUGCUCAUCAGUCUAUCAACCCUUUUCCCAGAAACCCUGAUGAUUGGAAUGGAACUUAGAGACAAGGUGACAGAAUAUGUCAAGGAACGCAUUUUAGCUCUAAGAGCAGCAAAUCCAGGUCAAUACCAGAAUGUCUCAGUGGUGCGUACAAAUUCCAUGAAGUACAUCCCCAAUUACUUUGAGAAAGCACAGCUCACAAAGAUGUUUUUCUUGUUUCCGGAUCCUCACUUCAAAGAGAAGAAUCACCGCCGACGUGUAAUUAGCCCACACUUGUUAGACGAGUAUGCUUAUGCUCUCGAGGUUGGUGGGGUCAUAUACACAAUAACAGAUGUGGAAGAACUUGGGGACUGGAUGAAGUCUUGUCUGGAGAGUCACCCCAUGUUUGAAGCCCUGACUGAGAAAGAACUUGAAGCAGACCCAUGUGUGAAGCUGCUUAGUACUGCAACUGAGGAAGGCCAAAAGGUGGCUAGAAAUGGAGGGCAGACCUUCCAAGCCGUAUACAGGCGCAUCGCGCUAUCUGAUCAGACACCCCAGACUUAGGCCCAUUUUCUGCAAUCAGCGUUUUCCAUCUUUCAUUUGCUAUAUUUUUUAUCUGGCUGUACUAUAGAGAGCAAAUGUCUCAUAGUGACGUCAAGAUCGUUAUUUAUGCUGAUAUCUACUGAGAUAAGGCAUGUAUUUGUAGGAUCUUAUGUUUGCACUUUCCCAGAAAAAACAUACCGUUUUUUGACUUAAAGAGAAACGAAAUAGAGAUGCUGAAGUUAUUAUUCAAUUUAA